CCCUGCGCCUUCCCCCCCACGUUUUUUCCAUCCAACCACGAUACCCAGAUUUGAUGACCAUAUGGCAGUGUGGAGGUCUCUUACGCUUCUAUUCCUUCCUUUCCAUCCUCUGUACCUCUGUACAGUACCUUUCUUCCUCACAAACUAUGCUUUAUGCAGUAGUUUAUGCCAGAACUAUCGCCAAGCACAUCGUUCCCUGCGCAAAAUAUGGCACAGCAGAUGCAACACUGACAUUCGCAUUCAAUGCUAUAGAAAUUCGUGACCGCGGCGUUGGAAACCCACGCCGCCGUUGGGCUUAAUGCCGCCGCCGAAAUAGAACCAUGGCAGAUGGUGAUCGUCUGCAGCUCUGGAGCCGCAAUUUGGGGUCCUAGGUGGCCGUGAAGGCUCCUCGUGUAACGCCAGUCAAGAGACGACUACCCUCACUAAGAGCCACAAUGUUCCCUAUAGCUUGUAUUCUUUGUAUAGCUAACAUUGGAAUAUAGUAAUAAAUGCUGUAUUACGGAAUUAUACUGCUCGCUCUCAGCUGCAACUCUGCCUAUAUCCACGCUAACUUCGACUAAGCAGGGGUGGUCCUUUACCCCCGAAUGCUGCUGCAACAAUGAAAUUGGCGAUCUUUCCGACAACGAGACCGCUAAGAAACUCCGCAACCACUAUCAACACCACUAACCCCCGAUCAGGAGAACUCCUAAGAAAAGCCUGUCGGCGAUGCUACAGUACCGAGUAUCGUGGACGCCGUGAAGGGAUCCUAUACCUCGUUUCCUUCACUCUAGCCCAAUCUCCGGUCCAUGCAUGCAUGGUGCUGCUGCAGAGUGCUCGACCUCGUGGACCCCCCGUUCUUCAAAACCCACUCCAACUCAUAUCUCUCCACUCCGACAACAGCAGGACUUAAUCAAGCAAGGCUGUUCCUGGUCCUUGCGAACUUCCGGAAACCCGCCAUUCACCCGAACUAAAGCCCUCCCCACUACCCCGGGAGCUUUGUCAAUUGCUCCAAAAGAUCAAGAGAUUAUCUCCAGGGCCCAGCUGCCACCUUGUUGACGUUUAAGUUCAAAUAGGCGCCGCUUCCCCUCCGUUUAGCAGAUCUCUUCCCAAGUGCAUCUCAUCACCCUUCUCUCGUUUCAUAUAAACAGAGGGACCAGCCGCGGAUCACCUUCACCUCUCUUCUCUUCACCCAUCUAUCCUCUUCACCCGACAUCAUGCGCUUCGAUCUCACCACAUGCGCUGUGGUGCUUGCCGGCACUGCCUCUGCCACCACUGCCACCACACAGUCCAAAUGGCGGCCCGACCCAACGUUCGGAACUGAUGUUCUCGCCGGCAUGGGCAUGAUCAAUGUGGCCAUCAACCAGCUCACGAGCGGCGUCGGCUUCGACACCUCGAAGUGCUCUCUGCGCAACGCUGUUGUUCGCAGAGAAUGGUCGACAAUGUCGAACUCGGAGAGAACGGCGUAUAGCAAUGCAGUGCUCUGCCUUGCCACCAAGCCCUCAAAGUCACCAGCAGGAUUCGCGCCUGGUGCCAAGAACAGAUAUGAUGACUUUGUCGCUCAUCACGUCAAUAACACCUUGAACAUCCACGCCACUGCCAACUUCCUCGCGUGGCACAGACUUUUCGUGUGGAACUACGAGCAAGCUCUUCGCAAUGAGUGUGGCUACAAGGGAUACCAACCAUACUGGAACUGGGGCAAGUCUGCCUCCGACCCGGUUAACUCGGCCUACUUCGAUGGCUCCGCCUACUCCAUGGGCGGCAACGGAGUCUUCGCCGCUCACAACUGCACUGCUGCCCUUCCCAACGGACUGAACUGCAUCCCCCCCGGAGCUGGUGGCGGUUGCGUCACGACCGGUCCUUUCAAGGACUGGAUUGUGAACAUCUCCCCAACGGCCCCCACCUCGGACGCUGUCCAGGUCCCCGCCCCCAACUUCCUCGCGUACGAGCCCCGCUGCCUCUCCCGCGACGUCAGCCAAUGGGUCUCCUCCCAGUGGCUCGGUGAUGCCGGUAUCACCGACCUCAUCUCCAACUACAAGACCAUUGGCCCCUUCCAGGAUUUCAUGCAGGGUAUCGUUGAUGGCGUACCAUUUAAGGACGGCUUCUUCGGUGUCCACGCCGGCGGUCACUACACCAUCGGCGGUGACCCAGGUGGAGAUUUCUUCGUCUCCCCCGGAGAUCCCAUGUUCUGGCUGCACCACGGACAGAUCGAUCGCACCUGGUGGAUCUGGCAAAACCAGGACUUGAAGACCCGCCAGAACGCUGUUGGCGGAAGCAUCUACCUCUUCAACGACCCACCGUUGCCGCUUGGAACUCUCAAUGACUGGAUGGAUAUGGGUGUUUGCGGAAAGAGUGCCACCAUUGGCGAUGUGAUGAACACCCAGGGUGAGUUCAUGUGCUACAUCUACCUAUAGAUGCUCCUCGCUAUGAUGCGGACGUUUGGAGUUGGGGUUGAAUGAAGGAGAUGUGGAAUCUAGAGUGCAUGAGCAUGAAUGGAUGAGUCGCGAAAUGGGAGUUCGCCACGCUUCGAACGGAAUUCUACGACAGGGGGGCUGGAGGGAGAUAUAAGAGGAGGAUGGGAGCAGGAGAGCGAUUGUUGUAUAUACGGAAUAACUUAACACGGGACCUCAUUUUUCUUGUGUUGUUUGCUGUUAACUUAGCCUACAUAAAUCUUCGUAGCGCAUAUUUUUUUUGUUUAAUGGGGGUGGACGGGAUAAUAUUUACUUCUUUUCGGUCACACUUGACAGACUUCACCUUGUUGCUUGAUUCCGUGACUACUACAGAACGGGCGGUUCGGCCGAGUCUACUGGUGUUGGCUGGAUGGACUUCAAGG